GCAGCAGGCCCCACUCCUCCAGCCUCCGUGCCUCCCCCUUCCCCUCGCCAGUCGCCUCGGCUGCCCUCCCUCCACGAGAUCUCCAAGGCCACGAGAGCCACACCGCUUCGCCGCCGCUCGCGAUCUCGGCCGCCACCCCCGCCCGGAGGGAUGGCGGGCUUGGGGAAGGCGAUGUAUGCGUUAGGUUUCUGGAUCCGGGAGACCGGCCAGGCGCUCGACCGCCUGGGCAGCCGCCUCCAGGGCAACUACUUCUUCCACGAGCAGAUUUCAAGGCAUCGCACACUCAUGAAUAUCUUUGACAAAGCCCCUCAUGUUCAUCAAGAUGCAUUUGUCGCUCCAAGUGCAUCCCUUAUUGGUGAUGUCCAAGUUGGACAAGGAGCUUCAAUUUGGUACGGGUGCGUCCUGAGAGGGGACGCAAACAACAUUCAAAUUGGAUCUGGGACCAACAUACAAGACAAUUCUCUUGUGCAUGUGGCGAAAUCUAAUCUAAGUGGGAAAGUCUUUCCAACGAUCAUUGGUGAUAAUGUCACAGUAGGUCAUAGUGCUGUCUUACAAGGAUGCACUGUUGAGGAUGAAGCUUUUGUUGGUAUGGGGGCAACCCUUUUAGAUGGUGUGGUUGUGGAAAAGCAUGGGAUGGUUGCUGCUGGAGCCCUCGUAAGACAAAAUACUAGGAUCCCUUGUGGAGAGGUAUGGGGAGGAAACCCAGCCAAAUUUCUGAGGAAGCUCACUGAUGAGGAGAUUGCUUUUAUUGCGAAAUCUGCUGCCAACUAUUCUGAUUUGGCCAACGCACAUGCUGCUGAGAACGCCAAGCCUCUUGAAAAGAUUGAAUUCGAGAAGUUGUUGCGCAAGAAGCUUGCUCACCAGGAUGAUGAAUAUGAUCCUAUGAUUGGUGCCACACGAGAGGUCCCUCCGGAGCUGACGCCCCCCAGUCCUGCCCAAUAAACCCCUGUUUUUGUUUCUGUUUUCUCUGUGCCUUUGUCUUCUAGUGGACAGUGCUGGAUCGUUGAAUGGGAUACUGUUCCAUGAGUUUGGCGGUUUACAUUUACUUUCCUCCCCAAUAAUCUUGGGUCGAGCAAUGUUAUAAAGCUGGCCAUGUACUUGUUUCA